AGAAAACAAUCGUGAAUUUAGAAUCUCAACGAAGAAAACAACACCAGAAGAACACCCUUCUCUGCGAAUUUCGUGCCUUUUUGUGUAUAUUGUUAGUGGUUUUAUGCAUCUGGUUGAAUAACAAGUUUAAGAAACCAUCACUGCUCUGCAAGAUGGUUCGUGCGAGUGCGUUUUCACCGCUGUACCAUCUGAUAACGUUACUCACAGUAACUGCGUGUGGCCUUUGUGAUGACUCCGGCAAACUCCAGCGAAAACUAAGGACUACGCUAAAUCCCCAUUGUCCGUCCGACAUAUGCCAGAACGAUGGACUCAUUACGGUGGUGCAUAUUACGGCGGAAUCCGAUACGGACACGAUUCACUAUGUUUGGGAUUUCACGGGCAAACCUACCGUUAUGGUGGCGCUGACCGGAAAGCGCGCCGAGCUACACAUUCACUGGAACGAAUUUUUGGAGAAUCGGCCAAACUCGGUCAAUUUCACCGAGCAGCCGCAGUACACGUUCAUGGCAGUUAUCAAUCGGAUUUUCCAGUACGACGACACUGACGACCGAGCGAUACUGGAUGCGGGCUCGAACGUAUCCGUCUAUGAUCCGCACAACUUUCAAUGGAAUCGUACCCUGCUAUGGUCGAACGAACAGGAUGCGAUGCUCGCGAUCAAUGCUGGUAACGACUUUCUUUUCAAGCUUAACGCGUACUCUACCAAGGAUCACGGUAUGGAUUUUCCGCAUCUGUUGCACUCUUCGAACGCUACCCAGAUCGAUAUUGUGUUCAACAAUAUCACGAACCGCUUCUCCAAUCCACGAUUCGCCAUCGAGCUAGUGUUUGUCGUAUCGGAGCAAAGGGUCAAGGAUUCAGAGUUCCAAGUGACGAAACGCAAAACGCUAGAUGACGAGCAUACGCCCGGUAUUUUCGAAAUCAUUGACGUGAUGUCACCUGGCGUGUUUACCUUUUCGGCCGGGGGCUACAUCGAGUACCGACCGGUAUCGUACACUCACCCCGAACGGGACGUAGCAACGUCCACCGAAACACGGCAAAGCCAACCGGCGAGCAUCGAAUCACCGAUCGCGGCUCUUAAUUCAACGCUAGCGUACGCACUGUUUGGCGAUGCCUUGGACCAGAAGCUCGUCCAAGGAAUGAAUAUUUCCUUCGGUGUCAGCGAGGACGGAUUCUACCGUAAAACGAACUACACCACCAUGACGUUUCAGGUCGGGUACGGAUUGCCGCCGGUCGAGGAAUUGUCCGCGUUUGUGCUGGUUGUGGCUGGUAUCGGCAUCGGUAUACCUUUAGCGGUGCUGGUGGCAAGUGUUAUUUACGUUUGCACUAAAAAAAUCCGCAAUCGCCGCGAUCGAUACCAGUCGGAACGACUCUAGAAACCAUUCCGUCUCUGUAGAGCAUGGUUUGUGCUGGCCAAGUGCUCCUCGGGUGUACCACGCCACUGACGGUGAUGAUCUCUUUGCCUUCUUGUAGAUAAACCGAGGAAUGUGACUCUCUUCCUUGUGGAUAGAUGUAAGCGCGCACACACACACAUACACGAGAAGAUUACUUCUUCGUCACACUGGUUUGUUGCCUCGAUUGAAAAGCAAUCGCACUAUUAGAAUGAAAUAUAUGGGCAGGCGGCAAUGUUGAUGAAAUAAAUUUGUUUAGUUUUGUAGUAAAUUCGCA